AUGCAACAAGAGGCUAGGACCAAGGAUGGGGGGGCAAAACGGUCUGGGCAGGGUGGGGGUGGAAAGGACGGUUCCGUUGAUGGGGCUAGAGGAAGCGGCCCUUCUGAAACAGAGGUUCUCACACAGGUUCGACCCUCGGUAGUGGACGACUUCAUCAGAAACUUCCUGAUCAAAGUGGGUCUCACUCGAACCCUGGAUUCUUUCAACACGGAGUGGUACGAGCUGCAGGCAAAAGGGAGGUUGGGCGAGGAGUACACUACCAAGGUUCCCGAUAUUUAUCUCAGGAACGAGGAGCUUGACGAGCAGGUAGUGGCUCUUCGGCACGAGUUGACAAAGAUGCAGGCUAUCGCAGAGCGGGCGCAGGGCACUUGGGACAAGUUCCGCAAAGAGCGAGAUUUCCACCGCAUGCACCACAAGAGAGUAGUACAGGAGAAAGGUAGAAUGGCGACGGAUCUAAAGCGGCUCAAGCAGCACUUCAAGGCGUAUGAGCCUACCCUGAAAGAGUUGGAGCGAAAGUACCAGCUGGCCAUGAAGGAAAAGAUGCUAAUGAAGCUGGAGCGUGACCGCACCAAGGCUAAGAUUGACGCCAUUGAGGCACAGAUGAAGGCAAUGCAGGAAGAACGAGGUAUUAGCCAGCAAGAGACGAACGCCAGGGGUGCUGGUGGGAGCCGAGCCCGGCCCGUGCGGGGCCCCGGACAGCCGGGGGGUCAGGAGCUUUCCCCUAUCUCGGCGCCGCCGAAGAACCCGCAACCGACGAUGGGUGUCAAGCACAAGCAUGACUCCAAAUUACCAAACGAAGACACUGUGGAAAACCCUUUCUUGGACCUGGUGUUCCAGCCUCCAACCGUGGAGCGGUUCGCCCUGAGGAAAAGCUUCAAGGGUCACCUGAACUCUGUUUCUGCAGUUGCCUUCCACCCACGCAAGGCGAUAGUUGCCACCGUCAGCGACGACGAAACGUGGAAAGUUUGGUCCGUGCCCAACUGCGACCUGCUCAUGAGCGGCGAGGGGCACCGUGACUGGGUGUCGGGUGUGGCCUUCCAUCCUCACGGGACCAUGCUGGCCACGAGCGCGGGCGACAACACCGUCAAAAUAUGGGAUUUCCUUCAGGCUAGCUGUGCGACUACCUUCACAGACCACACCCAGGCUGUUUGGGGUGUUUCUUUCCACCACUCUGGGGACUUUCUCGCUUCGUGCUCUAUGGAUCACACCGCGAGACUUUGGGACGUUGCAAGCCAGCGAUGCCGCCAAACGUUCCGGGGGCACGUGGACUCGGUGAAUGCUGUGGCUUGGCAGCCCUUCACCAACAACCUCUGCACCGGUUCAGGGGACAAGACGGUCUCUCUUUGGGACGCUCGUUCGGGACUGUGCAUGCAGACCUUCUACGGCCACACGAACGCGGUCAACCACGUGUGCUGCAGUCUUAGGGGAGACAUGGUGGCCUCUUGUGACGCUGAUGGCGUGGUGAAAAUGUGGGAUGCGCGAAUGGUGGCCGAAAUAGGAACCAUGGAGGCCGGGCAGCACCCUCUCAACUCCGUCUGCCUGGACAGAUCAGCCACGAGGCUAGCAGCGGCCAGCAACGACGGCACGGUUAAGGUGUUCGACACGACUUCGAGGGCACUAGUGGUUGAGUUAAAGGGGCACGAAGACGCCGUGCAGAGCGUGCUAUUCAGCCCGGCCGACGAUAGUCUGGUGUCGACGUCAUCCGACUGCACCUUUAGGGUCUGGUCGUGA